ACAUCUGUUGUCAUUCAUCAUUCGAACCCCGAAAAUGAGUUGCUACCUCAGGAGAUCGUUGACGAAAUCGUGGAUCAAAUCGAUGAUACCUCGUCAUUGUCUACUGCUGCCCUACUCUGUCGCAGCUGGCGUAAGCGCUCUCAGACACGUCAGUAUCGAAUAUGUAUCAUCCAUAGCGAGGAGUGCCUGAUAGGCCUAAGAGAUAUCCUUUCCCACUCCCAACAAAUCGCGGCACAUGUCGAGAUUCUUUAUAUCGAAAGUGCCGAAAUUGCAUCGGUCGUCGAUGUCUGCGCCAAUAUGGUGAAUAUCACCUCCCUGAUACUCCAAAACAUCGAUCUUUUCACGCCAGAGGAAAUGUCGCUUGGAUGUCAACUCGUUGGGUCGCUACCGUCCCUUUCGGCCCUCACAUUCAACGAUUGCGCUCUCCGCGGGGACUACGACCCUCGUCUGCUGGGAGUACUCAGUGUAAUCCAGUCGUUAUUCUUUUGCCAAUGCUGGGAGACUGGAGAAACUUUUUCCUCCCCUCCUAAUGAUCAGCUCAGCAUUCCAUGGCGGGUACGCUCCCUCUCCCUAGACGAUUGGCAAGGUCCGAUGGACUUCCUGCAUCGUAACCCGACCUCACUGAACCUUGUGACACGGUUCACGUUUCGUUCCACGGGAAUGCGCUUCACAUUCCUUCCAGAAGCUGCUCGUACCCUUUUGGACCAUGUGAAAGAGAAUCUGGAGGAGCUGGAGAUAGCAGACAGAGAGUGUUCCGAGGGACCUAAGCCCACCGAGAGCUUCCCCAGUUGUCCCCUCGUAAAAGUGUUGACGUUUUACAUCAACUCGGCGCCGUCGUAUUUUCGAGCCGUUGUCUCCCACAACAACAAUACCCGCGUGUUGCAGGAGCUACGGAUUCUCGUCGGAUUAUUUGACGCUCUCAACAUGGAGGAGACUUUCUUGGGCAUCAAACAACCUCUCGAGAACGUCCGGUCUCUUAUUCUCUCCGAACACAUACCGAAAGUCGUGCUCAAAGUCCACCGGUGUAAUACAUCGCCUGGCUUCACAGAGGAAGCAUUCCAGAAGAAGAUGUGGGAAUGCUUGUCCGUCCAUGGAGAGCUAAGGGGGGUGGACAUUCAGUGGGAAAGAUUUUACUGGCGUGACUGUGACUGCUGGGACGAGGAUACCACACUCAGCGAGUGGACACGAAAGGGUCUCCGCAAUCGAGGUUCU